AUGGGGACCUGCUGCUCCAAGGAUGAAUCGGACAAGCUCGAGGCGAUUGAGACGAAGGAUUCAGUGCCAACUGCUCCCGAGACCGUCGUGGUGGAGGAUUCUGGUCCACAACCACGCGAAGGAGAAUUCGCCAUCGUGCUUGACAAAACCAAUGGCGAGCGGCUCGGGAUGGAUGUUGAUCACGAGGACGGCCGAACUUUGGCAGUGGAUGCCAUCACUGGCGGCCUGAUCCAGAAGUGGAACGAGGAACAUCCUGACAAGGCGCUGCGUCCCAAGGACCGCAUCGUUGAAGUGAAUGGCUUCUCGUGCAAGAAAUUCAGUUUCGCCAAGUUGCGCCGAGUUGCGCUGGAACAGACAUUAACAGACUAG